CCCUCCUCCAUCAACCCCCCAACUUAGGCUUGGGUCUUGGAAUCUCCCGUUAUUCUCAAAUAGACUGCUGAAUGCAUUCCGUCUCCUCUUUAAUAAACUCCACCAAAACCCUCAUUCUCCAACUACCAACUACCUCAACAAAACAACUACAAACUAACUUCGACUCUAUAUCGAACAUAUAUACUUAUUCAAAUCACCAAUCGCUCCCGCUUGUCCGCCUAACUGUCACCUCGGCUUGCGCCCUCUACUCGUCAUUCAACAUCCUGUCUCAGACCCCUUCAACGGAUUGGAACUAAACUCGACCACGGUCCAACCCUGUAUGGGUAUUGUCCAGACACAGCAGACACAACAAGUGCUUUUAAUGGAGAAUCUCGUCAAUUCAUACUCUGCUCAUACGAAUCUAUAUCCGCUGUGUGUGCCGUAACUGCACUCGGAAAUCGGCUCACUCUUGUUCUCUGCAAACUUUGGUUCCUCCCGUCCAGUCCAAUCGCGAGUAAUCGGACUCUCCCGAACCGACUCUUCCGUCCUCUAACCAAGGACUAAUAUAAGGCCGUCACCAUUUGACCGGUCUUUCCACUCCUCCAUUGGCCUCAAUAAUCUUAUCAUCAGAAAUGUCGUCAGUUCAAGUCGUCAGGAUGCCACAGACUGAAAACUUACACUCGACUGCUCCGAAUGAUACCGCCUCGAAGCAUCGAGCACCCUUAUUUCAAAUAGGCUCCACGCCACCCGCACAAAGCAGAGAUCAAUCGCCCGAUAGUCGUCCUAUAGACCUACAAAGUCCAAUCCCUGAAGAAGAAGAAGACGAGACCGGCAGCGAGGCCGCCAACGAACCCCUAACUCCGACUGACACACAACCACCCCACGACUUCCGCCAUACCCCUCCUGACGACUUAAAAUACGACACUUCACAAGAGGCCUUCUCAAAUGUAGGGAAGCCACCGCUGCUCGUCAACACCGCCGCUACACCGCCGCCAAAGUCUUCGUCAGACAGGAAUCGAGAGCAACGUGCCUCCGUCGACGAAUCUCUAUAUGCGUCGCCACAACGGCCUACAUCCGCCGUCGACUCCGGUAUCAAGCGUGGCCUCUCGCAAUUCUUCCGUCGAUCAAAUUCCCAGUCACAAUACCCCGCAGCGGCUUCCGGCACAUCCGCCAUCGAAGACCCUUCCCCGAACCCGUCUCGUGGAGGAUCAGACACAAUGCUAUUUCAACGCAGCCCUGGCGCACGUCGUGUCUCGGUGGUCGAGUCGUCGGAUACAACUCGCUCGAAUUCCCCGCCAUCACCGUCGAGUACGCCGCGGGACAAGAAGGCGACCAUGCUCGAGCCCGACGCUUCGCAGUUCCUGGGCAAGAAAUCCCGCGCCUCUAGUGGCAUCGGAUUCCGCCAGAGAUUCAUAACCUUUGCGGGGCCAAAGGACCUGAAGGAGCCAGCUCCCAGGCCGAGAGCGACCAGCGUAGAUCUGCGGAGUACCACACAAAUCUCGAAAUUAAAAGAACCUGAGCUCACGAGACACGAGUGGGGUUUCCCUGCCGAGGCCGGAACGGGCCUGAAGGCAAGGCGCAUGAGUCUGAGUCUGCCAGACGACUUCUGGGUUGACGUUGUGGACCUGCACAAGGAAUUUUCCGACCAGAGCAAACUCAUUGGCCGACGUGGCAAGACACUCGGUAAGGGUGCGACCUCGAAAGUUACACUCAUGACGCGCAAGGGCGGGUCGGAGCUGCAUGCCGUCAAGGAAUUUCGCGGCAAGCGAACGGGCGAGGUGGAGGAGGACUACGAGAAGAAGGUCAAGUCGGAAUUCAGCAUCGCGAAGAGCCUGCACCACCCGAAUAUUGUAGAGAGCAUACGCCUCUGUACGCACAACGGGCGAUGGAAUCAUGUGAUGGAGUACUGCCAAGAAGGCGACCUCUUCAGUCUCGUGCAGAAGAACUACCUCACCGGCCCCGACCGCCUCAAUGACCGACUCUGCAUCUUCAAGCAGCUCGUCCAGGGCGUCAACUACCUCCACCAGCACGGCAUCGCGCAUCGCGACAUCAAGCUGGAAAACCUCCUCGUGACCAGCUCGAGCAAGAUCAAGAUCACCGACUUCGGUGUCUCGGAGGUCUUCUCGGGCAUUCACCCCGGCCUCCGCGAAGCCGGCGGACAAUGCGGCAAAGAAAUGGGCGAGGUGCGGCUGUGCGCUCCUGGAAUCUGUGGGAGCAUGCCGUACAUCGCUCCGGAAGUCGUAGUUAAGAAUGGCGAAUACGACCCUCGCGGCCUCGACGUCUGGAGCAGCGGCAUCGUCAUGCUCCACGUCAUCUUCGGCGGCGCUCUCUGGCCCCGCGCCGAGCGCGGAAACAGACACUACGACUCCCUCGUCCGCGGCUGGGAGAAGUGGGAAGCGAAGCACCCCCCCGGCGCAACCAUCACCGAGCUCGACUACCCCCACGUCGUGGCCUUCGAUCAAAUGGUCAACCCGCCCGCCCUGCGCCGCAUGCUCAUCGCGAUGCUGCACCCCGACCCGGCGAAGCGCAUCAAGAUGGCGGACGUAGCGCGCAACCGCUGGCUGCGCAACAUCGAGUGCUGCCAGGUUGAUACAUACGAGGACCCUAGCACUGUCAUCGAUGCCAGUAAGGCCAGCAGUAGUGGGUAUGCCGGGAAUAACCGCGCGAGGGUCGUGCAGCAUAAUCAUCUUCCGCCUUCGAACCAUACGGGCCAUCGCUUCGUGAGGUUACCCGGGAGCACGGCCAUGUAGGCCUUUGCCUUGGACCUGCUGGUCUGGUGGGGAAGGAGCGUCUGCGGCGGUCUCUUUUUACUAUUACCACGGUGGAGACGACGGCGCGCGAACAAACACCGUUGUAUUAUGAUCCUUUUUUUUUUUUUGCAUGGCGCGUGUGUUGGGUACGGGGAUUAGGGAGGGAUAUUGUCGUGUAUGUAAGGUGAAACAUCACCAUCUGCGCCGCGCGCGGGGAAAAACAUUCCAGAAACCUUCUUCAUCGCAAGAGCUGGUAUAAGCCCUGCUAGGCCGGAGUAAAGGCGUUCUUUUUAGAGAAGGAGAGAAUGAUUUUUUUGUUCUGUUUAGACAAAUACGAUACCUACGAAAUUGCUUGAGCUGGGUUUUGAGGGGAAGCUCACAUUCACAUUCGUUUUGAGUUUUUGGGCGAGCGUGAUGGGUAAUGUCUCGGAUGGGUGGGGAUGCUUUGGGCAUGGUGGUGGUUAGGAGGUGGGAUAUGAAGUGGAAAGACGAUGGAUGAGGAGUAGACAAAGUCUUGGAUUUGCGAGAAUGCAGUCGUUGACCAUACCAUACAUAUAUUCGUCUUAUUGUGAUACUCUUUACCUGUUAUUCUAACAUCUCUCCCCCUUUGAUAACAUUCACAGCACUCACUAUUAACUCACCCACUCGACCAAUGUAGUGGGCUCAGUAUACAUACUUUAC